CAGGGCCAGGAGUAAGACCUGCGCAUCAGCAGGUGUGGCCUCAAAACAAAAAGGUAUUUUACUUUUUGGGGGGACCACAUCUAGCAGUGCUCAGGGAUCACUCCUGGUGGGUUCAGGAGGCCCUAAGGGAGACCACGGAUAGAGCCUGGGUCAGCCGCAUGCAAGGCGAUGCCUACCCACUGUACUGUAUCCAGCCCCAAGAAAAAGGAUUUCUUUAAGUGCGCAUUUCAGUCCUGGACCUGUUUAGCCGGCAGCCUGAAACGGCGAGCGCCCAGCACUGUGGCACACACACACACACACACAAUUGAGAACCACCGACCCGAUGGCUGCGUCCCUCUCAGCUGCUCCUCUCUCCUCCAUCUUUGGGCCUGCCCCCCUCUCUCCUCCCUGCGCCCUCCUCACCCCACCCCUCCGCUCCUGCAGACAGCUGGGCCACGCGGCCGGUGAGGCAAUCGGGCGUCCCUGACCCCUUCCGCUGCGCAGUGAGCAGUGGCCUUUUAAUCUCGCGGUGAUGAAGUGCAGCCUUCAGCGGGGACAUUUAAGGCGCAGCCACCCUCCGGCGGAAGGCCAGAGAAGAGGCUGUGGUGGCAGAGACCACAGGCUAGCUCCCGCCCCGCCGCCCAGCCACCAUGUUUCUCGCCACAGUCAAGCUGUGCGCUGGCAGCUCCUACAGACACGCGCGCAACAUGAGGGGGCUGAGGCAGCAGACGGUGCUGGCCAUUGGCCAGGAGCUGAACCGGAGGGCUCUGGCGGGCCCAGGCCCCAGCGCUUGGAUCAAUCAAGUCCGGCGUCGGAGCUCUCUGCUGGGCUCUCGGCUGGAAGAGACGCUCUACAGCGACCAAGAGCUGGCCUACAUCCAGCAGGGGGAGGAGGCCCUGCAGAAGGCCCUGGGCAUCCUAGGUGAGCCGGACGGCUGGAAAAAGGAGAACCAGCAGGCGAACGGGGACCUCGUGCUGAGCAAAGUGGUCCCGGACGUGGGCAAGGUGUUCCGGCUGGAGGUGGAGGUGGAGCAGCCCGUGGAGAGGCUCUAUGAAGAGCUGGUGGAGCGCAUAGAGGCCACGGGGGAGUGGAACCCCAAUGUCAAGGCCAUCAAGGUUCUGCAGAAGAUCGGAAAGGACACCCUCAUCACCCAUGAACUGGCUGCGGAGUCGGCAGGAAACCUCGUGGGGCCCCGCGACUUCGUCAGUGUGCGCUGCGCCAAGCGCCGGGGCUCUACCUGUGUGCUGGCCGGCAUGGCCACACACUUCGGGGAGAUGCCCGAGCAGAAAGGGGUCAUCAGAGCUGAGCACGGGCCCACCUGCAUGCUGCUCCGGCCUGUGACGGGGAGCCCCUCAAAGACCAAACUCACCUGGCUGCUCAGCAUCGACCUCAAGGGCUGGCUGCCGAAGACCAUCAUCAACCAGGUGCUCUCCCAGAUCCAGGUGGACUUCGCCAACCACCUGCGCCAGCGGCUGAAGUCCAGCACCCCCGCGGAGGUCAGGGGCUAGAGAAGAGGCUGCUCCAGGGGCCCCCGCGCUGGCGAACGCCUGCCUGGAGCCUGCCAGCCGAAGCUCUGGGCAUGGGGGGUGGGAGUAGCGUGUUCAAGGGUACUAGUUGGUAAAAUUUUAGUACAAGGAAAUAGCGAUGAGGCUAAAAAGAGCAUUCUAUCAUUUCCCACUGAUUAACUAGGAAGUGAAAGGUCCCCGAAGGACAAAACAUUCCCCUGAACCCCAUCCUGGGACUUUAGGGGGGAAGAAAAUCUUUAAAAUACUAUUUUUUUCUUGGAAAAAAAAGAGCCCAAAAACUCAUUACUAGACUGGUUCCCCUACUUUUUUCUUCUACAAGCACCUGCCAGAAUAAAAGAAUCAGAAUCAAAACAGCAUCCAGCUGUGCGGCUGGCUACGCACAGCAGUAGCACCUGCACAUAUGUAGCCAAUCCUGAACCCAGCACAUAUGGGCCCCGGAACCCUGGGUGGAGCCCAAAAGCCAAAAAAGGAAAGAAAAAGAAUCAUGUCAAAACUUUAGGCUGCCUGCUCCAAAACACUACAGAACGGACUUGAGAGGUAGGACUGUGGGUAAAGCUGACUUGGCUUCAGUGUGGCACUGCAUACAGGAGUGAGCCUCAGGUGCAGACCAAGAAUAAGCUCUGAGCACAGCAGCUGUGGCCCCGAGCCCCAAGCCCAUCCCACCCACCCCUAUCAAAUAAACUCUAAAGGGCUGGGGAGAUGGCUCAGUCGAGGGUACAUGCCUGGCACAUGAGUUCAAAGCCUGGAACCACAUGAUCCCCCAAGAGAUGCAGGAGGGGGGCUGGAUCAAUAGCACAGUGGGGAGGGUGUUUGCCUUGCACACGGCCAACCCGGGUUCGAUUCCCAGCAUCCCAUAUGGUCCUCUGAGUACCGCCAGGAGUAAUUA